UUUGCUUGUAACGCAGCUUCAGAUCCUCUUCCAGUGAAAUCAGCCAACCUGUCUGCAGGAUUCUCAUUUAUUCUGUCUUCACUUCUGUACAUGAAAACAGACUCAAACGUUGAAGGUUUGAAUUCAUCCGGCUCGUCCCUUCAGAUGCUAAUCGGAUCAGGAGAACCUUCAUCAGAACAAGCCGACCCGUUUUGUUCUCCAGAACUCCUCAGUUAUCAGGAUUUCAGUUCUGAGCAGAACAUUUCAGAUCCAAAUGAUCCACAUCAGGACAUGCAGCUCAGCUGAGAGGAUCUUGAACAACUUGUUUUAAACCUUCUGGCAGAUUCUCGAUUAGUUAGGAAUUUUCUCUGACUAACGAACAGAACCUCCUGUGGCCGCCUUGCAGCCGCAGUGACGGCGAAUUACAGGGAAUUCAUCCAAUGUGGCGUCUCAACAUUCUGCAUGCAGCUUUUAUUAACCGUGACUCUCAUCAAGCUCUUCUGAGGAACUCCUGAUCAGUAAACAGCUGAUCCUGAACGACGACAUGGCAGAGAAAUCUGUCCUUAAAACCCUCCUGGUUCUGGUUCUGGUUCUGGUUCCUCUGCUGGCCGUUACUGAAGCAGAUCCGGAGGUUUCCUGUGUUUUCAGACAGAACUGCCUGCUGCCCUGUCAGAUCCAGUUCAACUCUGAUCUGGUGAUCCACUGGUCCAACGCGUCGUCAGCUGGAGACUCCGUGGUUCACUCCUACUAUGACGGCCAGGACCAGCUGGGUCAGCAGAACCAGAACUUUAAGGACCGGACAUCACUGAUCCAGGAUCAGAUCUCCAGAGGAAACGCCUCCCUGCUGCUGAAGGAGGUGAAGAUCCAGGAUGAGGGGAGAUAUAAAUGCAACACCAGCACCAGCACAGGACAUAAAGAAUCAUUUAUAAACCUGAAAAUAGACGCUCCAGUUUCUACAAUCAGAAUCUAUCAGGAUGGAAACAGGAUCACCUGCAGCUCAGAGGGGAUCUACCCUCAACCUGAACUCACCUGGUCCACUGAGCCUCCAUCCAACACGACUCUGCAGAACAGAACCACAGUCCAUCAGACUGAGGAGAAGCUUUAUGACAUCAGCAGCUCUCUGACGGUUCCAGACGGUUCUGAUCGGAUCUACAGCUGCACCAUCAGAACCAGGAGGAACAUCAGGAUGGAAACCCUAAAAAAAAAAGAUGCAGAGGUUUCCUGCAACUUCAAGCAGAGCUGCAUCUUACCCUGCAGCUUCCAGAGCUACGGUGAACCCAUCCUCCACUGGACUCAGCUGGAAUCCUCAGCGCCGAGAGUUCAUUCUUAUUAUGACAACCAGGACCAGCAGGGUGUCCAGAACCAGAACUUCAGAGGCAGAACGUCUCUGUUUCAGGAUCAGAUCUCCAGAGGAAACGCCUCCCUGCUGCUGAGAGAAGUUCAGCUUCAGGAUCAGGGAAGAUACAACUGCUUCAUCAGCACCGUUAAAGGACAUGAAGAGUCAAUAAUAAGACUGAGUGUGGAUGCUCCAGUCUCUACAAUCAGAAUCCAUCAGGAUGGAAACAGGAUCACCUGCAGCUCAGAGGGGAUCUACCCUCCACCUGAACUCACCUGGUCCACUGAGCCUCCAUCCAACACGGGUCUGCAGAACAGAACCACAGUCCAUCAGACUGAGGAGAAGCUUUAUGACAUCAGCAGCUCUCUGACGGUUCUAGACGGUUCUGAUCGGAUCUACAGCUGCACCAUCAGAACCAGGAGGAACCAGAGGAGAGCAACGUUCAGGAAACUAUCAUCAGUCACCGUGACAACAGAUGAAACAAUGCUUCCCUGCUCGGGGCUGAACGGUUCAGUGAUGACUGUAGUCUGGAGGUUCGACCAUCAGACGGUCCUGAGCCAGACGGGAAGGAACCGGUCCGUGUCAGAGAGGUGGAGGAAACAUGUGAAGGAUGUUUCAGAGCAUGGAGACCUCAGUCUGCAGGGACUAGAUCCUGAUCUGGAGGGAAACUACAGCUGUGAGACCAGCGACGAUGACGAAACCAUGGUAACCCAGAUCACUGUGAAGAUCGAGGAUAAAUCAUUCUGGAUAAUUUGGUUGGUGAUUGGAAUCAUUUUUAUGAUAGUGAUAUUUUCUUCUCUGCUUUAUUUCUGCUGUUAAUGAAGAAAAGGUAAAAAUCAGCCAGCAACAACUUCUGAAUGGUUACAUUUUGCUUUGUACUGAUGGUUUCCUCUAAACACACAUUGCAGGCCUGCUAUGAUUUAAAACAAGAAGGAUUAUAAAUGUCAUGAAGGACAGAAAUGAAGGUUCUGACCUGUGAAGGUUCAUGUUGUUCUGCUGAUGAGCCCAUCGGACCUCAAGAUUUCUCUGGGUUAGAGAAAACAGCUACAGUCUGUAAAUGCUGGAGACCCAAUUUAAAAUGCUUUUAGCUGAUUAUUUUUGAUAAUUCAAUAAUCAAUCAGACCUUAACAUGCACUAAUACCCACAGCUGAAUCUCCUGCUUUACAAACUCCAGUCAAAAGUGUCAAGUAAAAUUGUUCCUGAGUAUUUAGGUUUUACAAACAACAUUUACUUUAGAUUAUUUAACAUAUGAUCUACAAAAAUAUCUACAUAAUUUUGAGUUACAAUCCAUGGAAUAAAACAUAAAUAGAUUCAUCUGAAGCAUGAAUAGUUAAUAUUUUACACUGUAAAAACUUGGCUUGAAGGAUCCAUCAGUGUUUGACAUUAUAUUGUUUCACACUUUUUUAAAAUGUAUUUUCUUCAGUUAUGUGUUCAGUCCUGCUAAAAUUUUUAUUACAUUUU